GUCGUGACUGAGCAGAAUGCGGGGGAGGAAUUGUGAUGAUACAGAUGUCAUUUUAAAUUGCCAACACGAGAGACACUAACGACAAGACACAGCGCGAUCUUUUAUAAAUACCAACGACUUUUGUAAGCUUGCCAAGUAGUUCCUCCCUUCACUCUCACCACAAUCAAGCAUCUAAACACAAUCGUUUCUCUAUCAAAAUGGUUUCCAACACUCGUUCCGUCAUCUUUGGCCUGAUGCUCAGUGCCGCCCAGCUCUCAAGCGCUUCGCCAGCUGCUGCCUCUGACACUGCUUUUUCCUCCCCUGUAUACCCAACAGCUACUGAUUCCAUUCCUCCUGUUCCCGUCUCUACCGACGAAUGCCUUGCGAAAUGUAACGAGGCUCGCGAUAAGUGCAACACUGCACCUGACGCCAACCACGCAACUUGCGCUGCCAACUACGCUGAGUGCGUCGGCUACUACCCUUAUGACAAGAAGGGAACAUAUGUUCCUCCUACUGCUUGCUCUCACUCUUCUAAGCCUACUGCCACCGAGACUGCUAAGGCUGAUGAGUGCGUCGACAAAUGCAACAAAGCUCAUGACGAGUGCAACACAGCGCCCGAUGCCAACCAUGCGACUUGUGCUGCUGAGUACGCCGAGUGUCUUGGGUACAACCCUUAUGGCAGCGGAUCUCUAGUUGCCCCUACAGCCUGCUCCCACUCCGCCAAGCCUAUUGGCACCCAUAGUGCUACUGCUACUGCAUCCGCACAUGCUGAUCAGUGCCUUGAGAAGUGCAACAAGGCUCAUGACGAGUGCAACGUAGCACCUGACGCCAACCACGCUACCUGCGCUGCCGAGUGGGCUGAGUGCCUGGGUUACAAUCCUUACGAUGGCCCCGGUGGAUCUCUUGUCGAGCCCACGGCUUGCUCUGCCGCUACCACUAUGGCUUCUGCUACUGGAAAGCAUACUGGCAUAGAUACCUCCAAGCCCGCCAGCACCGAAGCCUCUAAGCCUGCUAAGUCUGAGCCUGCUGUUGUCGUUAAUGGAGCUGGACAUCUUUCGGGCAAGGUCGCUGGCUUCGCGGGCGCCAUUGGUGCUGCUGCUGUUGCUCUUCUCUAAGUUCUGAUUGACUUAUUUGAACUCAGUCGUACUGCCUACGCUCAUGCCAUACUUGGAGCCUAUCUUAAGCCAACCGAUGGAUAAGAUGGAGCAACUAUAUGUAGCCGUGCCGGUGAGAUACUACCUGGUUCAAGAUUGGAAGAAAAGGUCUUUGAUGUUAGCCUAGAU